AAAGAAAGUUAAACUACCCAGGCUCUUACAUACCACCCUGUUCUACAUCAGACUGUCGAUUGUUAUUUCUUCUCUAUCUGAAAAAAGGAUAGAUUUUGUUUAUUAUUUGCUGCUUCAUGUGUUUCCAUUCUUCCUAUUCUGCCAAUAUACAAGAGGAGGCAGCCUAUUCUUUUAGAUAUAUAUCGAUGUAUGCUUCAUUUCCUUUCCCCUGAACUUGGAAAUGCUACAGACGAAAAGCUUGCCUGCAGUUAGGUUUCUGAGUCGCUUUCUGACCUUCUGCACUAUGAGGGAAGUUGGAUUUCAUUUCAGUCAUGAAGGGGUGAAUCCAGUGAGCACUCUGAAGUGGCUCCAGUCGAUCACUGUAGUGGAUGCUUCAUUGGAAGUCAACCUUGGUGUGCCUCAUGCGGGGCAGCACACGGUUUUCAUGGCAAUACUGCCAGCGCCUUGCUCCUUGUAUUGUAUACAGAGAUGAUAGCCCCAAGUCCAAGUGGGUAUGCAGCUACCCAGCUCAAGUGGCAGCCCAAGUGGGUAUACGUAGCUAGUGCUGUCCUAGUCAGUAGUCACCAAUCUUGACUUCCCCUGCCUCCAUGCUUGUUCACACUCAUGUCCUCUUCCAUGUUAUCUGUAUACACACCCUCUUCUUUCUUCUCCAAAUAGCAGAGCAGAGCAACAUUCACACUAUCCCCCAUGCCUCCCCUCUACGUAUUUUCGCUCGGGCUUCUCCUCCUCUUGCACAUUCCUCAUUGGUGCCCCUCGUCCGCAGCUGCAAGCGAUACCCUCACGGCGGGCCAAUCUCUCGCCGUCGGCAGCAAGCUCGUCUCGAGAAACGGCAAGUUCGCGCUCGGCUUCUUUCAGCCAGCAGCAGGCAUCACCAGUAAGUCCCAGAACACCACCAGCUCCAGCUGGUACCUUGGCAUAUGGUUCAACAAGAUCCCAGUUUUUACUGCUGUGUGGGUUGCUAACAGGGACCAGCCCAUCACUGGCCCCAACCUCAACCUAACACAGCUCAAGAUAUCGAGCUAUGGCAAUCUUGUCAUCGUGAACAACGAUUCUGUAGUUUGGUCCACUCACACUGUCAAUAAUAGGACACAAACCAGCAGCAUAAACACCACUACUGGUGCUGCCGUUCUCUUGAACAGUGGAAACCUUGCCCUUACAGUCACAGAGAGCCCAUCAUCAUCUGACCUACCGUUGUGGCAGAGCUUUGAUUACCCAACAGAUAUUUUUCUUCCUGGUUCCAAGUUUGGCCGGAACAAGGUCACCGGCUUGAUUCAUCAGAGCAUCUCAAAGAAGAGCCUCAUUGAUCCGGGUCUUGGCUCAUACAGCAUUGAACUAGAAGAAACCAAGGGGAUCGUCCUCAAGCGCCGCAACCCCUUGGUAGUGUAUUGGCACUGGGCAUCCUCCAAAACAUCAUCGUUGAGUCUUAUACCAAUACUCAAUUCCAUUCUGGAUUUGGAUCCACGGACCAAAGGUUUGAUUAACACAACAUAUGUUGAUAACAACCAAGAGGAGUACUACACAUACACUUCACCGAAUGAAUCAUCUCCCACAUUUGUCUCACUAGACAUCUCUGGUCUGAUAAAGCUGAAUGUUUGGUCACAAGCCAACCAGUCUUGGCAAAUUAUAUAUACCCAGCCUGCCGAUCCCUGCACUCCGGCUGCUACCUGUGGACCUUUCACAGUCUGCAACGGCAUUGCACAGCCAUUCUGUGACUGUAUGAUGAACUUCUCUCAGAAGUCACCUCUGGAUUGGGAGUUUAAUGAUCGAACAGGAGGAUGCAUCAGAAGUACACCGUUACACUGCAACACUAGUAGUAACAACAAAAACAUCACAAGUUCAACAGACAUGUUCCACUCCAUUGCUCAAGUUACAUUGCCCUACAACCCGCAAAGCAUAGACUUUGCUAACACACAGAGCGAAUGCGAAGAAGCUUGUCUCAGUUCCUGCUCCUGCACUGCUUAUUCCUAUAACAGUAGCAGAUGCUCUGUCUGGCAUGGGGAAUUGCUUAGUGUAAAUCUGAAUGAUGGGAUUGAUAAUACUUCUGAAGAUGUUCUUUACCUUCGCCUUGCUGUCAAAGAUUUGCUGCCAAGUUUGAGAAAAAACAAAAGAAAACCAAACGUCGGAGUGGUCACUGCUGCAAGAAUUUUUGGUUUUGGGUUACUAAUGCUCAUGGUGUUGUUACUUAUUUGGAGGAACAAAUUCAAGUGGUGUGGUUCCCCUUUAUACGACAAUCAAGGUAGUGCUGGUGGGAUUAUAGCCUUCAGAUACACCGAAUUAGUUCAUGCCACUAAAAACUUCUCAGAAAAGCUUGGAGGAGGUGGUUUUGGUUCAGUAUACAAGGGAGUGUUAAGUGACUUGAAGACUACUAUAGCAGUGAAAAAGCUUGAUGGUGCUCAGCAAGGAGAGAAGCAAUUCAGGGCCGAGGUGAGCUCAAUUGGACUGAUCCAACAUAUCAAUCUUGUCAAAUUGAUUGGUUUCUGCUGCGAAGGUGAUCACAGAUUACUUGUAUACGAACACAUGUUAAAUGGGUCUCUUGACGGUCAUCUAUUUAAGAAGAGCAAUAAUGCCGAUGCUGCUGUCCUAAACUGGAACAGCAGAUAUCAGAUAACCUUAGGAGUUGCCAGAGGGUUGUCCUACUUGCAUCAGAGUUGCCAUGAAUGCAUCAUACACUGUGAUGUUAAGCCAGAAAACAUACUUGUGGACACAUCAUUUGUUCCUAAAGUUGCAGACUUUGGGUUGGCAGCGUUUGUGGGAAGGGAUUUUAGCCGAAUUCUAACUACGUUCAGAGGAACUGCAGGCUAUCUUGCCCCAGAGUGGCUUACCGGAGUUGCUAUUGCACCGAAAGUUGAUGUUUAUGGCUUUGGCAUGGUGCUGCUGGAGGUCUUAUCAGGAAGGAGGAAUUCACCUGAAAUAUACAACACUAGCAGCAGCGGCAGUUACCGUGUUGAAUAUUUCUCGGUGCAAGCCAUCAGCAAGCUUCAUGGGGGAGAUGUGAGGAGUUUGGUGGAUCCACGGUUGCAUGGUGACUUCAAUUUGGAAGAGGCUGAAAGGGUUUGCAAAGUUGCAGGUUGGUGCAUCCAAGAUAAUGAGUUUGAUCGGCCGACGAUGGGUGAAGUCGUCCGGGUUCUCGAGGGUCUACAGGAGAUUGAUGUGCCCCCGAUGCCAAGACUACUUGCAGCUAUAACGGCACAACCUGGUGCUGCAACUUGAGUGUAAUAAUAACUAGCAGUCGAUGCUAAUAAUAUCUGUUAAUUUCAGCAAAUUUUAGAGUUUUAGUAAUGUUGAGAGGAAGGAAUAAAGGAAGGCAAAGCUGGUAUGCUAAUUAAAUUAUCUCUUAUUCAGUGCCGUAUGUAAUCAAGCAUUGUAGCAAAAUAUGGCAGACCUAGAAAUAUGUGUAUGUUUUGUUGAUGGGAUAGUUUGAUACCUAUCUUUAAAUCGAAGGAAGAUGUCAAUGUACAUGUAUGCCACAACCCAUUCUUGAUCAAGAGUACGCAUGGCCUGGUCAUCCCUCAUGCUCACUUGAUGGUGUGUUGUUCUGGUACGAAACCGAGUGGCCUGGCCCUACACCUGCGCGACGAAAUUUGCGGCAGGCUCCAGUGCGGCAUGGAUGCGAAGUAAAAUAUGGGUACAAAUGAAGGAAUCCAGGUUUGAAGACGGUCAAAGGUGACAUGACGAAUGAUUUUGCUCCAAGGUCAUGAGGCUAUUACAUUCAGUCCCCUGGAAGAAAGCAACCGCAGAUGACAGUAAGGUUCAUAACCCUGCUAGGGAGAGCAUAACAAGUGACAUUCAGUCCAUGGUGACAAAGCAAUGAAGAAACAUCCUCCUACUGGACAACACCUUUGGUUUUAAGCAUCCUAAAUUUUGCAAAUUUGGUAAAGAUUCCCCAUCAGCAACAAACAGCUGUUUCUCUUCUGAUUGCCGCAGUUUUUUCUCCUUUUGUAAUGUCUGCAAAUGUUUUGAUGAAUAUAUGUGCUGCGUUUAGUAUUUGCGCAUCUGGAAAGGAGCAUGAAGCACAGGCUUUUCAAGGCACUGCACUGCACUGUUUUUGCCUGCUCAUAUUAAAUUGCCGAGAGCAGAAGUGCAGCCAGUCAUCCUCAGUAAACACAUCUAGGUGAAAGUUGAGGUGUUCUUUUCAGACUUGGGAUGGUAACUUCAGAACUUCUAAUUACAAUGCAGGGACAGGUUACUAAUAGCUUGCUUAGGCAAGAUGCCAGCUAUAGUUUAAAUAUUUUUUUCUAGAAAAUUAAAUAAUUGAUUUCAAACUGUACCUAAUGAAGAGACCGCAUAUACCAUAUAAUCGCUUGGUAUAUCCAAUUUUUUAUCUGAGGCCUUUUGUUAUUCUACCAGUGUAAAAGAGGCAGCCUAUUCUUAUCUAUGGGUGUUAUGCUUUAUUUGCUCUAUCCUAAACUUGGAAAUGUUUUUUUUCAUGAAAAUGCAAAAGUUUUGUGUCGUGAGGCAUUGUCAGUAGAAAAAGUUAUGUACAUGCCCUAUAAAGGGCAACUCCCAAAAAUUACAACGCUACACUCCUAAGCGCUAGGCACCACCAGAAGAAGCGCCACCAAUCAGACCGUCCCUGCUUUAGCCCACUGACAAUGUCGGGUCUCUCAUUGUCAAGCGCGCAUCUUUCUUUCUUUAGAAUGAUUUGCUCCAAUGGCUAAUUAUGAGGUUAUUAUAUGCAUUCAUAAAUUUGUUAUAGAUUCUCCACCAAGCAGCAAAGAACUGUUUCUAUUCUGAUUGCCAUUUUUUUUCCUUUCUACUGUUUGGAAAUGCUUUGAUGAAUUUAUGCGCUGUGUUUAGGUGUUUUCCUUUGAAAGCAUAGGCAUCUGGAAGUGGGCAUGAACUACAUGAUUUUCAAGGUACUGAAUUGCACUAUGCUUAUGUGUUCAUACUAAAUUGCCUAGAACAAAAGCUGCAGCGAAUCAUCCCCAAUAAAAACAUCUAGGUGAUAGUUCAGGUGUUUUUCUAUAGACACGGGAUGGUAACUUCAGAACUUCUAAUUACCGUGGAUAAGUUACUAUUAGCAUGCUUAGGCAAGAUGCCAGGUGUAGAUUAAAUAAUUGUUUUCAGACUGUGCCUAAUUAUGUCUGUUGCUAUUUUCUUAUUCUGCCAAUGUAGAAUAGGCAGCCUAUUCUACUCUAUGAGUGCUAUGCAUUAUUUCCUUUAUCCUAAACUUGGAAAUGCUAUAAGGGAAAAAGCUUGGCAGUUAGGUUCCUGAGUAAGUAGCUUUCUGUCUUACAUUCUGUAGAAUUAACUACCAUUGCCCUUACAAGCAUGAUGCAGAGAAUCGACUGGCUUCACAAUAGGCGCGUGAUCAACCAAAUGAGAGUGACGGAGUAAAUAGUUCAAUGAACUCAUAUUGAAACUGAAAGAGACCUUGGUCCAAUGAGCCUGGGACACACGGUCCCAUAGCUUGUCAAAGUAUAAGUUGAAUUUCAGUCCUGCAGACGUGAGUCUGGUACUCUGAUGUUGGCACUAUAGCCACUGUCUCUUGUGUGUUUUAAGUUUGCCAACUUUAGCUUCCAACUUUUUGUUAUAAUUCUGUCUGUGGUCGCGUUUUUUUUGGGGAGUUUUGGUUAGUCUAUUGCAUUGAUAUCUGUUGAAUUUGCAUUUGUAAUAUAUUCAUUGUAGCAAAUAUUCGGGGGUUGGAUUUAAAAAAAAUUGUAUGGUAAGGUACCACUUGCCAUAUAGCACUAGAAUAUUGAAAGAUCUGCCUGGUAAGCUUGGUGGAAACCUCAUGAUCGACUUGACUGUGACCGUGGUUGUCCAUGGCUGGCUCCAUUCAGCCACUUGGUGGAAGCUUCAUUGAUGCUCCUCCUUGUAGGCAAGCUAAACCAGCACAUGUUUGUAUCACAAUAUCUCCAUUAUAUAUAGAGAGAUAGAUAGCACCGAAUGGGUGAACAGCUACCCAUCUCAAGUUGCCAUGCCAAGUGGGUACGUAGCUAGUGCCGCCGUAGUCGCUAAUCUUGACUUCCCCCCGUCAGUCAUCUUAUGUUCUGUAGAUUAGCACUCAAGUGUGAUGCAGAGAAUUGACUGCUUUCAGUAAGCGUGUGAUAGACCAAACGAGAGGAAUUGACGAAUCUAUGCCAAACAAGACCUUGGUCCAAUGAGCCUGGGAUGGUUCCAUAUCUUGUAUAUGUAUUAGUUGAAUUUCAGUUCAGAGAUAUUGCCAAUACUAGCGCCGCCGCUUUUGUAUAGUUUGUGCCUUUCCCCCUAGAUCUAUGUUAUGUGUUAUAAGUUACCGUUUUUCCGCCAGUUAUGUGUUUUAAGUUGCCAACUUUAGUUUACAACAUUUGUUGUUUUUCUCUCUGGCCACACUAAUGCAGGGUGACUGUUGAUAUCCAUUGAAUUUGCAUUUGUAACACAAACAUUUAUCUUUGUCAUUAUCUAAAAAAAAUAUUUAUCUUUGUGGGUUGGUUAGUAAAAUGGAUACGGACAGUACUACCACCAUCCCUUUUGGUUAAUUUGUGUUCCUUUUCUAGUUGCUCUCCCAUGUGUUUUAAGUUUGCCAACUCAACUUACAACAUUUGUUAUUUUUGAAUGUCGUCGCAUUUUUGUUGGUCUUUUGUGUUGAUAUCCAUUGAAUUUGUAUUUGUAAUAUUCAUUGAAGAAAAUAUUUUGCAGGUUGGAUUUUUAAAUUGUCUGUUGGUUAGCACUUGCCAGAUAUAACUAAAAUACUGAAGGAUCUGUUGGUGGAAGCCUCAUGAUUGACUUGACCUUGACCAUGGUGGUUCUAUGCAGCCCACUUGGUGGAAGCUUCAUUGAAGGUCCUCCUUGUAGACAAGCUAAUCUAGCACUUGCUUUUUAUGGUAAUACUUCCUUCGAUUUCAAGUUGCAGCCCGAGUGGGUACGUAGCUAGUAGCCUGUCCCAAUCUGAAUAAUUGGUCCAAAGUGGAUUGUAGUGGCUUCUCUGUCAGCAGAGCAUGCAUGCAUGCCUAACUAAGAACAUUUGUAGGCUCAGCCUCUCCCAUCCUGUCUAUAUAUACACAUUCUCUUCUGCCUUCUCUGAAUAGCAGA